UGGAAGGAGCUUGGGAUACAGAAUAGAAUACGAAGAAACCCACCCACAAUUCUCAAACUCUCGACGCUCUUUUUUCCUUUUCUUCAAAUCGUACUUUGUCAGUCUCCCUCCCUCACUCUGUCUCUCUCUCCCCCUAACAAGUUUUCGUCAAUUUUUUUUUUCCUUUAUGUUUUUGGGAAGGAACAGGCCUGCCUAAUUCCUAACGAAACCCCCGCCAGAGCAAUUCUAGGGUUUCUCUACAAGAACCCUAGAAAAACAAUAAACUUUUUCUUCUUCUACUCCGUCUUUCGCAUUUCUGUGUUAAACCCACAAGUAGUGCAGAAGGGGAAAAAAGGGCUCUUGCUUUUGACGACUCCUUGUUUUGUCGGGUUCUUCUUUUCCUUGUUCUUAUUGUUCAUGUUGCAGUGAUAGUUUGGGGAGGGAGUUCUUUAGGCUGAAGAUGGAGCAGGAGGUCACGCUCUGUCAAAGAGUCCUUUUCGCCCGCCAGGGUCAGUAGUACUUUAUUUUUUAUCCUUUUUAAUUAUAAAAUUUGUAUUACUCCAUGCCUUUUUCCUCUGCAACUCUAGAGAGACUUAAUACUUGCACUGUAACGCUAUAAAUACGAAGCAUAGAACAAUUCGCACGGUGGGGUUGAGUUGAGAUCCUUCGUUGUCCCCACAUGGAUAACGAGAUUCUCGAAUUUGACAUUGGGUUGGGAGGAGGUGGUGGUGGACGAGAAGUUGAUGAUGAUGGCAUAGACAUUGACGAUGAAGAAAUGGCUGAUAGCCCAUCUCCCACCAGUGGUGGUGCUGGAGGUGGUGCUGCCAGCAGCGGUGAAAUCUACCUUCCUGAGGGGGACCUUUUGGACCUUGAACCUUAUGAAGGCAUGGAAUUUGAGUCUGAAGAGGCUGCCAAGGCCUUUUAUAAUUCUUAUGCUCGCCGUGUUGGCUUCAGUACCCGUGUCAGCUCCUCCCGACGUUCCAGACGAGAUGGAGCCAUUAUACAGAGGCAAUUCGUCUGUGCUAAGGAGGGCUUCCGUAACUUGAAUGAGAAGCGCACUAAGGACAGAGAGAUUAAGCGCCCUCGGACAAUUACUAGAGUGGGCUGUAAAGCAUCUUUGUCUGUCAAGAUGCAGGACUCAGGAAAAUGGGUUGUGUCUGGGUUUGUCAGGGAACACAACCAUGAGCUGGUUCCCCCCGAUCUGGUGCACUGUCUUCGCUCUCACAGGCAAAUCUCUGGUCCUGCCAAGACCUUGAUUGAUACCCUGCAGGCUGCUGGAAUGGGUCCUCGAAGGAUUAUGUCCGCCCUCAUUAAAGAGUAUGGUGGAAUAAGCAAAGUUGGAUUUACGGAGGUCGACUGUAGGAACUACAUGAGGAAUAACCGUCAGAGGAGCUUAGAAGGGGACAUUCAACUUGUUCUGGAUUAUUUGCGGCAAAUGCAGGCAGAAAACCACAAUUUCUUCUAUGCGGUGCAGGGUGAAGAGGAUCAGUGCAUGAGCAAUGUCCUCUGGGCUGAUCCAAAAGCAAGAUUGAACUAUACGUACUUUGGUGAUACAGUUACAUUUGACACUACCUACCGGUCCAAUAGGUACCGUUUGCCCUUUGCACCUUUCACUGGGGUAAACCAUCAUGGACAGCCUGUUUUGUUUGGUUGUGCUUUCCUAAUAAAUGAAUCCGAAGCAUCAUUUGUGUGGCUUUUUAAGACAUGGCUUAUGGCAAUGUCUGGCAGACCUCCAGUGUCCAUAACAACUGAUCAUGAUGCGGUGAUACGAUCAGCAGUCACACAGGUUUUCCCAGAGACCCGCCACCGUUUCUGCAAAUGGCACAUCUUCAAAAAGUGCCAGGAGAAGCUGUCCCACGUGUUUCUCAAACACCCGAGUUUUGAAGCUGACUUUCAUAAGUGUGUUAACUUGACUGAAUCAAUUGAGGAAUUUGAGUCUUGCUGGCUAUCUCUUGUUGAUGGUUAUGAUUUGAGGGAUCAUGAGUGGCUUCAAACAAUAUACUCUGCUCGCAGGCAAUGGGUGCCUGUUUAUCUGCGGGAUACUUUCUUUGCAGAAAUGUCCAUAACCCAGAGAAGUGAUAGUAUGAAUUCAUACUUUGAUGGUUAUGUGAAUGCCUCAACCAAUCUAAACCAGUUCUUUAAGCUGUAUGAGAAAGCUCUAGAGAGUCGCAAUGAGAAAGAGGUGAAAGCAGAUUAUGAUACCAUGAACGCCGCCCCAGUUUUGAAGACUCCUUCUCCAAUGGAGAAACAAGCAUCUGAGCUAUACACGAGAAAAUUGUUCAUGAGAUUUCAAGAGGAGCUAGUUGGAACACUAACGUUCAUGGCAUCCAAGGCUGAGGAUGAUGGGGAAGUAAUCACAUAUCAAGUGGCGAAGUUUGGGGAGGAUCAUAAACCUUAUUGUGUUAAAUUCAAUGUGUUGGAGAUGAAAGCAACUUGUAGUUGCCAGAUGUUUGAGUUUUCGGGUAUUCUUUGUAGACAUGUAUUGGCAGUUUUCAGAGUGACCAAUGUGCUUACACUCCCAUCUCACUAUAUUUUAAAACGUUGGACGAGAAAUGCCAAGAGCAGUGUUAUAUUAGAAGAACGGACUAGUAUUGUAUAUACCAAUUAUCUAGAGUCUCAUACAGUUCGAUACAAUACCCUACGGCACGAGGCUUUUAAAUUUGUAGAUGAUGCGGUGAAAUCUCAGGAAACUUAUGAUGCAGCAAUGGAUGCCUUGCAAGUGGCUGCAAAAAAAGUUGCUCAUGCAACAAAGAGUGAGGGAAAACUAGGCAUGGCCAAUGGGGUUGUUAGGCGGAACUUGGCCUUUGAUGGAAGUACAAAUCACACCAGGGAUGAUUUUGAAGGGAGAUCAGCACAGCAUAUGUCUGAGGAUGAUAUGGACAAGAGAAUCCGAGAACUAACCAACGAACUGGAAGGUGCAAAUCGGAAAUGUGAGGUUUAUCGGGCUAACCUGCUUUCGGUUUUAAAAGAUAUUGAGGAUCAUAAGCUGCAGUUGUCGAUUAAGGUGCAAAACAUAAAGAUUAGUAUGAAAGACGGCCUCUAAAGGUCCGAUACUGUUUAUACAUGUAGUGUUUCAACAAUGUUCUUAGGACUGGAUUUGUUCCUUUCACUUUUGGAUGGUGUAGAAAUCGGAUAGUGUUCAUGUUACAUUGCCUUGCACAGUACAGUGUAUUCGAUGUCUCUAGAUGUUAAAUUGUAAUAAAUUAAGUUGUAGUUUAUUUAAAGUCUGAGAAUGGUUUUGGCCUUGUAUCCGAGGAACAUAGAGGAAUUAUCCUGGAAUCUGGACCAUCACAGGGAAAAGCUUUAAAACCUGCCACAACUGCAGACAACAUGCAGGGAUCAUGUUAUAGAUCUUGGCUGCAGAUUCAGUCAUCGUUGGCUUGACAUUUCACCAUGUAAAUACAUACUUGCUACCUUUAAUAAAGUUUCACGUUUUUUUUCCU